CGUUACCUGUUUGACCAGGAGAGGACUAUAUUCCAUCAUUCUUGUAUCGAUCCGAUACCAAUCCUUGUUUUGGUAUCGGUGGUACCUCUACCACUACUAGAUAGCAGCGUGCUAGCUGCUAUGUAAGCACAUCGUAUUAUAAUGCAGCUAGCGGCGAGUAAGUCAGUGUUAUUGUUUAUCUAUUAUGUACAUAUUUAUGUCGUAUAAAAGACAUAUUUAAUUAUCAAUGUCAGGAUAAAAUCGUCUCCGUGCGCGAGAUGCUUCUCCGGCUAGCAUCAUAGCUUGUUAGCUGCUAACAGGGUGAGGGUUAUAUAGGGUGUGCGUGUGUAGUGUUGUGAUUGUGUGGAAAUGUAUAACGUACACAUGCUGAGAGUGUUGGUGAAUCAGCGACUAACUGCGGCUGUAGAAGAAAUAUUUGUUGUGUUGGAAAGAACGGUAGCAGAGUACGAGGAGGAAUUAUCUCGAAUAAAAGAGGAGAACAAGCGACAACGUCAACUACUGCACGCCUUUUUUAUGCCUCGACUGGAGUCACACCUAUCAGCAGACAUCAGUAAUUAUCUUUCCCCUGGGCAGAGGGAGUGGAGUGCCAGGAUGGAGCAAAGGGAGCCACAGCCCUACCAUUUAAAAGAGGAAGAGGAGGAACCACAGCCCACCAACUUACACGAGGAAGAAGAGGAGCCACAGCUCCUUCACAUUAAAGAGGAAAAGGAGGAUCAUAGCGUCUGUCAGGUGGGAGAACAGCUCGAAGGACUUGAGGACUUGUCCGUGAUUAGUGUCGUUGUGAAGAGUGAAUAUGAUGAUGACAAAAGUGAAAGUGAGGAAAAGAGAAAGGGGGAGCCUCCAAGCACCAUCUUAACUCAACAUUUGAUAACAGAAGCUGAUGAAGCAUCAAAAGCAGAAACCCUCUUUGCUCCACUAUCAGAUAAUGACGACACGUCACGCAAUCCUGACACUGAUGAUGAAGACUCUACGGCUGAUAAGGCAUGGCACGCUAAAAACCCACUCAGCUGCUCUGAGUGUGGGAAAACAUUUAGCCAUAUGGGAAAUUUGAACGUACACAUGAAGAUCCACACAGGAGAGAAACCAUUCAACUGCUCCAUUUGUGGCAAAAGAUUCUUUCGGAAGGCACAUUUGACAUCACACACAAGGAUACACACAGGAGAGAGACCUUUUUCCUGUUCAAUCUGUGGUAUAAGUUUUACACGAGGUCAAUAUUUAAAAAUACACAUGCGAAGACACACCGGGGAAAAGCCAUUUUCGUGUUCAAUUUGCAACAAAAGCUUUUGUGACCGAAGAACACUUGUAGCACACACGAGAACACACUCCAGUGAGAAAGUGUUGAGUUGCAGUGUGUGUGAUGAAAGAUUCUCUUAUAAGUACCAGUUUACCAAUCACAAGUGUGCUGGUGAGAACAGCAGCAGUAAAUGAAGACAAACACAAGUGUGCAGCUAACAUGCGCCUGAAAUACACAUUGGUGGACAUUUGUGUUUGUGCAUGUGAAUUGUCCUUCGCUGCUGUUACUUAGCAACAGCAGCGAAGGACUGUAAGAUUAUAUGUGACUGAGUAAGCAAAGUAUGCUGAUAUGUAGCCACCGGUGGUUUAUUCAAGUAAUAUCUCACCGGAGGCAGCACUUAAUGCUCUGCAGGCAAAGCAACUAAAAUUGUUACCUGUGGCAUAAUUAAUCUUGUUUAUUUUGAUUGUUCAGUUUAUAGCAGUUCUAUUCAACUGGUGGCCAGGGGGCCAAAAUCCGGUCCAGGAAUGACACCAUACCGGCCCCUGGCUUCAGUUCAAACUUGGGAGGCACAUUUUUGUAGCAAAUUCCUAAAAACUCGAGAGUGCUCCUUUUGUAUAGAGGAACUUGGACUACUCUAAACACAUUGGUAGAUUCUUGCAUUGCAUUUUAACCUUGCUAGCAACACUCCGGUCCAAACUUGUGAUUUACAUAACUGAGGCCUUCCUCAGAGCAUUCCUUUCCUUCCUCUUUUUGGUAGUUAUUCUUCGUAAUGUGAUUUAUGUAGCUAAGGUGUUGCUGUAGCUUGUUUACUUCAGAUGCAGUCAGUAGUCAUUUGUUCAACUUCUUUAGUUACACUAGUGGUGUUCCUCAAGGUUCCAUUUUAGGUCCUCUCUUUUUCAUAAUGUGUGCUAUUCAAAUGGUGGCCCACGAGUUUAGUGCAAAAAACUUGAGAGACUUACAUUUUUUCAGUGGAUUCUUAAAAACAGUAGGGUGUUGUCAUAGAGAUAUUUGACUAGCUUUUUUACAGAAUGUCCUUAAAAACAGCAGAGUGUUCCUAUAACUCUAGACCAGGGGUCGGCAACCCAAAAUGUUGAAAGAGCCAUAUAGGACCAAAAAUACAAAAACAAAUCUGUCUGGAGCCGCAAACAAAUUAAAAGUCAUAUUACAUACAGAUAGUGUGUCAUGAGAUAUAAAUUGACUUGAGAUGACUUAAAGGAAACUAAAUGACCUCAAAUAUACCUACAGAUGAGGCAUAAUGAUGCAAUAUGUACAUAUAGCUAGCCUAAAUAGCAUGUUAGCAUCGAUUAGCUUGCAGUCAUGCAGUGACCAAAUAUGUCUGAUUCGCACUCCACACAAGUCAAUAACAUCAACAAAACUCACCUUUGUGCAUUCAUGCACAACGUUAAAAGUUUGUUGGACAAAAUGAGACAGAAAAAGAAGUGGCAUAAAACACGUCCUAGAAAGUCGGAGAAAGUUAUACAUGUAAACAAACUAAGGUGAGUUCAAGGACCGCCAAAUAUAGUAGGACAAAACGGCGCUCGCCAAAUACUCGAAUCAGUGAAGCAUGUUUAAUAUAAACAGUGUGCUUUAUAACAAUUAGGGAGGUUUGUGUCAUGUUUGUCCUCCUACAGAAACCAUAUUAAAACCAUCCAUCCAUCCAUCCAUCCAUCCAUCUUCUUCCGCUUAUCCGAGGUCGGGUCGCGGGGGCAGCAGCCUAAGCAGGGAAGCCCAGACUUCCCUCUCCCCAGCCACUUCGUCCAGCUCCUCCCGGUGGAUCCCGAGGCGUUCCCAGGCCAGCCGGGAGACAUAGUCUUCCCAACGUGUCCUGGGUCUUCCCCGUGGCCUCCUACCGGUCGGACGUGCCCGAAACACCUCCCGAGGGAGGCGUUCGGGUGGCAUCCUGACCAGAUGCCCGAACCACCUCAUCUGGCUCCUCUCGAUAUGGAGGAGCAGCGGCUUUACUUUGAGCUCCCCCCGAAUGACAGAGCUUCUCACCCUAUCUCUAAGGGAGAGCCCCGCCACCCGGCGGAGGAAACUCAUUUCGGCCGCUUGUACC